GAACACUCUCUGGUUCAAGCUUCUUUCUCUCUUUCUUUCUGCGUUUUCCUUCUCGCCUGGUUUCUUAAUUCACACAAAACGCAUUUUGGUCAUUCAUUGCGUGCAUUCUUCAAAUCUUUGCUACGAAGUUUUUGAAUUGAUUUUCAGUUCUCUUCUUCAUUUAAUCGAUUUUGAAAACCUCUGUGGUAUUGAUUUCUCUCUGAUCUGAUAUUGUUUUGCUAGCAUCCUCCAUUCAAUUCAGUGUUCUUGAGAGAUAUUUCGAGUAAUUUUUUGGAAGAAGAAAGCUGAGUUUAAAGAAUCUGCAUACCAUUUCUUUUAAUCGCCAUUUCGUCGGCUUUAUGCUACUUGGGAGCUUAAAGAAACCGAUAUUUCCUUUGAUUCUGGUUGGUUGAGUUAUUUUAUUUCUCAGUUUAGUGAACAAGGUAGAGAGAUUUGGGGUUACCGAUUAUAAUCUGUGUAAUUUCCUCCGUUUUCCGUUGAUACUCAACGGAGGAUUCUUCUUUAUUGUCCUUCUUUUGGUUUAGAUAUAGAAAUGUUGGGAACUGCGUUGCAGUUUGGGGGAAUCAAAGGUGAGGAUCGGUUUUAUAUUCCGGUGAGGGCACGGAAGAUUUAUAAUCAGCAAAAGCCAUCGAGGAGACCUACCAAGACCGAUGAAACUGAGACUCCAUCGAGUAAAGUUGUGGCUUCUACUACAACGCCUUCUAAGCCACUAACUCCUCAGUCUAAGAGCAACUUAGAGAGAUUCUUGGACGCCACAAAGCCUUCAGUUCCAGCGCAGUACUUCUCCAAGACAACUAUGAGGGGUUGGAGGACUUGUGAUAUUGAAUUUCAACCUUAUUUCGUUCUGAAUGAUCUGUGGGAGUCUUUCAAGGAGUGGAGUGCAUACGGCGCUGGAGUUCCUUUAGUACUCAAUGGAGGUGACUCUGUUGUUCAAUAUUACGUUCCUUAUUUGUCUGGUAUUCAAAUAUAUGGCGAAUCUGCUGCAUUGAGAUCAGAUUCUAAGUCCAGGCUGGCUAAUGAGGACAGUGAUCUUGACUCUUCUAGAGAUACAAGCAGCGAGGGAAGCAUUGACUAUGAAUUUGGUAAAAGCUGUAACUUAUCCAGAGAACAGUGGGUUCAUCACCAUUUAGCUUGUGAUAGCGCUCUUACAAUUAGAAAGACGUCUUUAAGAGAUGAGCAUAGCACAAGACAAGAAGGUUUUUCGAGUGACGAUGGGGAUGCAGAAUAUCCUCGGAGUGGUUUGCUCUUUCAGUUUCUGGAGCAAGAUCUUCCUUAUCAACGUGUACCGUUGGCUGAUAAAAUAUUUGAUCUUGCUUACCAAUUUCCUGGUUUGAAAACUUUAAGAAGUUGUGAUAUCCUGCCAGCCAGUUGGAUCUCUGUAGCAUGGUACCCAAUAUACCGUAUACCCACUGGUCCCACAUUGAAGGAUUUGGAUGCUUGCUUCCUAACAUAUCAUUCCCUUUCCACACCCAUAAGAGGUAAUGGACAUGGUCAAGCACCAGCAAUGAUAUAUCCAAAUGACAACGAUGGUAUCCCAAAGGUCUCCUUGCCUGUCUUCGGAUUGGCUUCUUAUAAGCUGAAAGGCUCAAUAUGGGCGCAAAAUUGUGUCAAAGAGAAUCAAAUGGAAAAUUCCCUCAUGCAGGCGGCAGAGAAGUGGCUGAGGCGCCUUCAGGUCAAUCAACCUGAUUUUCAGUUCUUUGCAUCGCAUAUGACAUACUGGAGAUGAUAGGAAAUGACUGAAAGCAUGUCUCUACUUCCAUUCUGCCCACUCGAACUGCCAAAAUAACAAACUCGUGCUCUUAUCGACUAUUCGACCUGCACUCAAUACUGGUAAGGAUACAUUUUGGUUUUGGGUGGUUUGUUCUUUUGGGGAGUACAUUUCAUGGAGGCAGUUAAGAAAAAUAUUCACACCAACUGGCUAAAAACAUGUGGAAAAUGGGGGAGGGAGUAAUAAAACUAUGAAAUGGGAGGGCAAAAGCAACAUGGAAAGUAAUGGCAAUCAAGAUGAAUGUUGCCCAAAGCAUUAUACACUGCCCUUGGAAACUUGUGAUAGUCAUCGUUUGUUGUCGUUGCAUCGAUAUGGUCUUUAGUACGGUCUUUUGUGAACUUGAAGGAAACUUGUGAGAGUUGUCGUUUGUCAUUGUCGUUGCAUCGAUACGGUCUUCAGUGUGGUCUUUUGUGAACUUGAAGGAGUACAAAUUUGUAUGUAUAUUACGUAAGAUUUGAUGUAAGGUAUCUGUUUUAGAUUCACACAAAGUAUAGAUUAAAGAUUAUACUUUUAGCAUUUUAUGUUUCCGAAUAUGGGCCAUUCUGGAUUGAACAAGGAACCAUAUUCUUCCCCAUCCAACAAUGGAGAAUCAGUGUUCUUUUCCAUUGGCAAA